UGGCGUUUUCUCAGUUUUGCUGCCUCUCAUUCACUUGCAGGAAUGAAGCCGCGGCCGCUUGCUUUUGGCAGAUUGGAUUCAUUUGUGAAAAUGUGUGAGUGUGUGAGGGCAUUUGUGCGUGUAUGUGUGUGAGCGUGUGUGUGUGUGUGUGUGUGCUAUGUUCCCAGCAUGAGUCUGAAGAAUAGGAAGUUCUCACUGGACAGCUCUGUCUCACAGGAUGCGCCAGGAGGCAUCAGCUGCCGCAGGAGCUCCACCCACAGGCUCCUGAAGAAGUACAGAACGAGCCUGGAGGAUGGCGAACUGGAGAUCCCGGAACUAAAUCCAAAUUCCAACGGCAACUUCAGCGGCAGGGAGAAGACUUCCGUGGAGGAGAUAAUUGAGCGGCAAGAUGGUCUCAUCAGCAACAAUAGUUUCCACAAACACAAUCGAAAUUUCCACAGACUCUUUAAGGAAAUCCCCGAAGGAGAGAAGCUGACACAUACUUUCACUUGCGCUCUGCAAAAGGAAGUGCUCUACCAUGGAAAACUUUAUAUUUCGGAAAAUAACGUGUGCUUCUUCUCAUCCGUGCUGCUCAAAGAGACCAAGGUGGUGAUCCCCACAUCCAACAUCCAGGAAGUGAAGAAACAAAAUUCAGCUUUGUCCAUGCUGUCGAUACAAACUGCCGAUGACGAGAAGUACUUUUUUGUUUCCUUGAGAAACCGAGAGAUGUGCUACAAUCUCCUCCAAAGUGUCUGUUCACAGGCACAGGGAGACAGCCCACACGGAUCCUCUGCUGAGAAUGAAGCCGAUUCCAAUUUGGUCUCCAGUCAUUCCAGCAUUGAUGACACCGCGGAUCACCGUACGAGCGGGCAGAAUGGUAAUUAUCUGGAAGACAACAUCCCUCAAUCGGCCAGUAAAUGUUCCACCCAAAGAAUGUCUACAACAGAGGAGGCGGACGGCGCGUUUUCGUCGUGGCUUUGGAAGAUCGUGGAGAACGUCACAGUGUCUUUCUUCCUCCGACCAAGAGUGAAUUUCAGCAUGGUCUUAUACGCCUACUUAAUGUUGUUGGUGCUGCUCCUGUUGGUGUCCGGCUACAUUGGGCUCAGGAUGAUAGCACUGGAGAGGCAGCUAAGUUCUUUGUCUGAGCUGUCCUUGCUCUUCGGAGACCAACAAGAAACAUAGCCUGGAGCAACGACCAUCCGCGAUUCUCCCAAGAUUCACUGUGUAAUUAAUGCAGUUAUUCACAUUUAAUGAGAGAAGAGGCAUGUGGCGGUUGACGUUGGGCCAAAAAAUGGAUUUGCGAAAUCAGGGACACAAAGACUGCAUUUAGCGGGCCCUUGUUUACUUCAACCAACCAAAAAUAAACAGUCGAAAAGAACAUUUGAAUGUUGAAAUUCUGUACAUUUCACCUAAGAUUUUAAUGGUGGAAUUGACCAGGUUUUUGGGGGGUUUUACUUGUACAAUACAUAUGUUAGCCAGUAGAGGGCAGUGUUUUCAUCUAAACAGGAGCAUGAAGGGGUAAAGCCACUUUAAUUUCUCUUCAGUUUUCAAUUCCAAGUCAAACAUUUUGUCAUCCCAGUCUGUUAACAAAAUUUGUAAAUAAAUAACUUUGUUACAAUC